GUCAUGUCCACCCCCAGCCCGCGAGUCACACGUCGGCCCUCCGCUCGUCCCGGGCCGGCGGGGCUCGCGGCGUGGGUCCCCCUCGCCGCCCGCGCCCCGCCGAGGCCCUGGACUUGGGCCACUCAAGCUCUCUGCAGUGGCACUCUGGGACGCGAUACGGACAGUAGAGGCUGACCCGACCCGUCGCCGACACGUCGCCUUCGCCAGCACGACUCUCGACGGCGCGCCCCGCGCGGCCACGACACCCGUCGCUCUCUUCCAGGUGAUAACACCCAUACCUCAAGACCAGCCUCCAAAGAAUGUGUUGGACUGCAACCAGCUAAACUGAAGUAAACAUUUUGUCCCGAAGAGUUAACAAUGAAUGUGCGAGGAUUGUGCUGGUUUUGGUGCUGGUGGAGCUGUUGGUGGUGCGGGACCGGAUUCGUUUUACUCUCCUCCUCUGCAGCGGUAGCUGGUUCUGCAAGGCAGUUAGAGCCGGGGAUAGGACUUGUCUACCACUUGACGUCCACUCUCCUACUCAGUGAACCUAGCCUAUCAGGCCCAGCGAAAGAUGUUGGGUAUCAAAUCACAGCCGAUGUUACCAUAGGCACAGUAUGGGCUAGUGGGACGGAUCUUAACAACAAACUAAUACAAAUUGAAAUUGCAAAUCCUCAGCUUCAUAUAAAAUCAAGAAAAGCACCUGCCCCUGAGGGUUUUGUUGCACACUCUUCAGAGUUAGAAAACCUGAAAAAUGGCCCGUACUUUGUUCAUUGGCAUAACGGUAGGAUCGUGAAUAUGUACUUGGCGAAAGAUGAGAUAACAUCAAUUGGCAAUCUCAAAAAAGGCAUUGCUAGUUUGCUACAGUACCAACUAUUAGACUUAGAAACCAAUGAAACCGAUUCCUCUGGAGCAUGCUUUGUAUCAUAUAAAAGUAUUGAUCCAACAACUAUAUUGAAAACUAAAACAGAUUGUAAAUCUACAGAGGGCACACCAUACUCUCAACACACUGAUAAGGUUCUUGGUUCCACUGUUACCUCUAAACGAGAAACUCGGAUUGUUCUCACGCAAGAUAUGUCUGCCUUGCAAUCAGUUGAAACAGACGAGACACAUGUUAUGACAGUAAAUGUUCGACCUGAAGCAGCAAGCCAGGUUCAUGCUACUCAGGAAUUAUCUCUCACAGAAAAUACUGUGAAGGUUGUGCCUUUAAAGGCUGAAGAUGUGCAAUCAGCUGUCAGAAUGGUAGAAAAGAAUUCAGGCCAGUUCUUUGUCCAACAAAGUCUGAUAUUAGAAAGGGAAUCUUUGGUGUGUUCCGACACUACUUGUCCCACUCUUCCAAAAAUGGUAAAAGAAAACCGAGAAGCCCUGGAUGAAAAAUACUUGGGUACAAUUAAAUCAGCCUCUGCUCUUGUCCGCCUGCUUCCAAUCGCAAGAGAAGCCACUUAUGAAGAAUUCAGUAAAGUUUUGAAGAGUGCUGGCAACCAAGACAUAAUACUUGCACUCUGUGAUUUAGCUGGUGCAACACAAACCCUUCCUGCCCACGAAGCAUUUAAGAAAGCCAUAUUCCUAGAUGGUAAAGGGAGUUUGGAUGCAGCAGAACGUUAUCUGUGGGCCUUAAGUGCUGGAGCUCAGCCUAAGUCAGAGAUACUGAUGGACAUUUUACAAUUAAGUGAGAAAUCCUAUGAAGAGGAAAAAUUGUCGGAGACCCUCCUAUUGUCUGUUGGAGCAGUAGCUCAACAUUAUAUGCGACUCCCUCACAGUAAUCCAAAGCUUGGCAGGGAAGUUGUCAAGUCUCUGAGUGCUGGACUUACCAAAUGUGAUACUUCUGAUGAAAUAUGUCAGCUUCGGUACCUACGAGCUUUCCGAAAUCUGGUUUCUCCAGAUAGUGUGUCUCUUUUGUUAACCCAUGCUGUAAAUGGAACUCGUAAAACAACUGUGGCAGCAAUGAAAGCCCUAGUCGAACUUCCCAAAAAAGCUUGGGAUAGAAAGGUUAUUCAGGCCUGUGAGACAAUUUUCCUUCAAAUAGGUCGUCGCUAUGACAGUAGUGCAAGAACAUUGGCACUGGACAUUAUUUUAGAGGGAGAACCAUCCACAAACCAGCUUGAAGAAAUUGUUUUAUAUCUCACAAAACCAGAUCCAGCUUAUGAAGUAAAACAAUAUCUGCUUCAAAGAUUACGUCAGAUAUCAAGCAAGAGAAAAGACUUUGAAGCAAAUAUCAGAAGAAUUUUUGCAAGAGAGGGAUCGAAACUGUACAAUUACCAUGCUUUGGGACAAAGAGGUCUAACAACUGCCUUUACACGUUCAUUCUUGAAUAGCCCUAGUGCCAAUGGAAGCUUGAUUUCUAUUCAAGAAAUAUCAGGGGGUUUACUGAAAAGAGGGAUUGUUGAUGUAUCUGUUGAAAGUGUAGGAGAAAGUAGUAGUAUUUUUACACUUGGCCUGUUUGCUGGAGGAUUGUCAUCCUUUGUCUCUUCAGAUAGUGAAUCUGCUGGUGGAUCAUCCUCUGAAGCCAGUGAAGAUGCAACUGCUGGCAUGGAGAUAUCUCUGUUGGGGGCUCAAAUUCGCCCUUUUGUGUUCUUUACUGGACAAGGAGAACUAAUGGGUCAUGUGUGGUCAGGAACUGCAUCAACACGCACCCCAGCUUUCCAAGCCUUGUCAUUGCUCCAUGACCAUAGAGAACUUCUUCCCCUCCAAACAGGCUUCAUAGCAGACAUCACACUUUUAGGAGGCAUGUCAUUUGAGUUAGCUGGUGAAGUACAAAUCAGUCUUUGGAAUAGAAACGCCCAUUCUCUGGUAGAGAAAAAUGCUGGUCUCUCUCUCACUGGAUUAACUCGAGUUGAUUCUACAUUUGUGAGAAGCCAAGUAGAAUUUAAUCUGGCCACGGAACCACGACUAAACCUCGUCUCCAAUCUUGAUUUCUACAGUGGUAUGGCUUUAUGCAUGCAGUUAAAGCAGCCAGACACAAUUCUCAAGCAUAAUGUGUAUAAGGUAGAAAGAAUUCCUGGAAGUAAACAUAGAUUACGAAAAUCAAAGUACCAAGUUUUCCGCAUCCCUGGCAGGACAUACGCCCUGAACCACAAGAAUAAUGAAAUGUGUAAUGUUAUUUUCAAGGACCAAUAAGAAAAUGUUGAGAUUGUUAUUUUAUACUUAUUGCUAUAUUCUUAGCAAGCUGUAAACGCAAAUUUAUGUCCCUUAUAGGGGUGUCAGUAAUAACUGGAUUUAUUGCUGUCGGUUGUACAUGGUUUUGUGUGCACCAAUUUUGCGCACCAUUUUUCUUUACAAUUUUUACCCCCUAUACAGGGUAUUGAUGUUUUAUUGAAUCAUGAUCUAGCAUGUAAUGCAAUACAAUGCCUUUAUGAGAAUUGCAUAUUAAUGAAGACUGAAUACAUGUAAAGUUGGCUAUUCAACUGAUGUUUUAUAAUACUUAGAGAUCUGUUAUUUAUCUUACAAUUUGCUUUUAGCAAGCAAAUUUUCUUUUCUCCCUUUGAUUUUAUACAAUGUUAGCUCAAACUCUUAAAUAUUUUAGAAUAAUUUUGACCAAAACUUCUGCAAUGCAGAAUUUGGGAUCAGCCAUUUUACUGCAAAAAAUGUAGGCACGGCUGUAAUAGCCAUUUUUCUAGAUUGUUCACAAAAGGAUUGUUCUAUGAAAUUAAAUAACUCAUGGCUGUGUUUGUAAGUGCAACACUCAACAUUGUUGUUGUACGAUUACUCUCCCGUAGAGUACACUAUGAUUUCAAUUCUGUUGGCAAAUGAAGUGUUUCUUGUACUUUUUAGAUUAACUUUUGCCAUAUCAGUUGAUAUUGUGAUUAACCCUCCAACUCUAGCAGAAUUCCCUUCUUGUUGAAGGGAUGUGAUAAUGUCUAUCCACGGAACAUUCCAGUAAUAUUCCAUGCAUUGGGAAUCGGAUAUUUUUAGUAUACAAUGGGGUCUUUUUCCAUUGUUCUUGCAGGAACCGUAAUUUAUUCUUUGCAUAAUGAAUUGUCUACAACUUGAUGUGAUAUGAAUAAAUGUCAGACUGUAAUAUGCUAUAAUUAGUUAAGCCUCCCUUUGGGAGGCAUAUUGCACCUGUCUCAAUGCUGUUUAAAAUAUAAAUAGCAAAGUUAUUACUUUGUAAGCUUCAAGUUGUAUUUUUGUAGGUUGUGAUCACCAUGUUGACUUUGAAUUUGUGCAUUAUACAUUGAAAUGUAUUGUGCUACAAUUUUGUGUUUUCUUAACUAGAGCUUGUACUUUUACAGGUAAGAUUUUUAUUUAUGAUUGUUACAGUGAUGAUGUAAACCACUGAACUGAAACAAAAGUGCAUGUAAAUAUGCUAGUCCUUGUAAGUAAUGUCAUGUAUUUCAGGUCCUGCUGUUAAUAAGCAUACCUGCUUGCCCUACAUGCAACAUGCAAAAAAAUGUUUUUCUGUCCAAUCAAUGAAUAACAUAAUUUAAUUAUGGCCAUGAAAAAAGGUCUUCAGUUGUAUGACUUUGCAUUUGAAACUGCAGCAACUUGAUAAAUUUGUUCUACAUAAAUUCUCAAACUCUUCCACAAAUCCGUUUUUUUUUUAAUUUGUUACCUUUUGCGCCAGAUAUUAUGAUGGGAUUUGCUUAAGCAUGUCUUUAAAAUCGGAAAUCGAUAUUGAUUCAUAUAGGGUCUACUGUUGAAAUAAAUCAAUUCCUACAAAUAUA